AUUAGAUGGCGACUGGGAUGGCUACCUGGUAGUGCUUCUAAACCUUGUCAAUGCGGAUUACACAAUCUAACAAAGAAACACAGCAUCCAUUGCCUGCGCAUCCAUCCUCAAUUACAUGUAUCGCAAAACAUGGAUGGCCCCAUCUCGUGUCUUCUCAAUCGGCUUCCCUCUUGA